AUGGGAUCGUUUGUGGAGGACCUCUGGUCGAGCGUCUUUACCCCGGGUCCCACCCCGUCGCUCCUGAUCGCGACCAAUGUCACCUUCGCCGCCCUGCAGGUCCUCCUGCUCGCUCUCCUCCUGGCCACAUACAGCAUUCACUUCGUCGUGCUUUCCAUCCUUUCCGCGGCUCUGUGGUGGUCGAUCAACUGGUUCGCUCGGGAGUUGAGUCAGGUACAGGCACAGGAGGCGCACAAGGAGACACGCGAGGGGAGGGAGCUGAGGGGCGGUAGCACGAAGCCACCGGGGGCCCUGGACAGCAGCGACAGUGACACUGAGACUGAGAAUGUUGUGAAAGAGAAGAGCAAGGCCGUAGCUGCCGCGUCCUCUGCUCCGGCUACUCUCCAGCCCCCGGCUGAAUCGCAGGUGCGAAAGCGACUCAGCGUGAGUGGUGAUAGCUCGGGAUACCAUAGCACGGAUAGUGAGUGGGAGAAGGUGGAUGACAGCAAUGCUUCUUAG